GGCCACUGUGUCCUGGCAGGCCGUGAACAUGGUGCUGCGGUACCGGUUGACGAUCAGCGACGACGACGACGGCAGCGUGGCGCCCGUCUCCAGGGACACCGAGUCCACCUCCAUGAACAUCACUGAUCUGGGGCCCUGCUCCAACUACACCGUGGGCGUGGCGUCCGUCAACAAUUUCCGAAUUGCGGGGGAAGCUGCGAAUGUCUCGCACACUACAGCUACCAUUAAGAGGGUGUCGAUGGUGCAGUCAGACUACAGCUGUGCGAAUGGCAUGGCAACCGUCACCUGGGGCUUGGUUUUCGGGGCCAACUCCUACAGGGCCACCGCCUCCGACCGCAACGGCACUGGUCUUAGCUGCAACUCUUCCUCAACAACCUGUCAAAUCUCCAACCUCAGGUGUGGGACGCAGUACGAGGUGCUGGUUACUGCCAUCUCGGAUGACUGCGAGAGCAUCUCCAACACCUCCAGUCAGUUUGAGACAGUUCCCUGUGCUCCCGUCGGGCGUAAAAUAUACCGGGAGUGUAACAGCAAUGCCAUCAUCUUCAGCUGGCAGCCCACCAACAAAACUCUAUACUACGUUGCCACAUCCACGGACAGCUCCAACAAGCGGGUGUUUUGUAGGACCACAGAGACCUCCUGCUUCUUCACCAACAGUGACUGCGGUCAGCGCUACCACUUCACUGUGUACGCCAUCAGCACGUGUGACAGCGAAGUCAGCCCUCCCGAGUUUGUUGACACAUCUCCUUGUUUGCCAACCUCCGUGAGGACGACAUUGAACUGUGAGACUCAGCUGCUGAGCGCCACCUGGGACAGCGUGGCUGGUGCCCAGGACUACCUGGUGGAGGCUAUGGGCAACAACGGCGACCAGUACAACUGCAGCUCCUCCAACAACAGCUGUGCCCUGGCUUCCCUUCCGUGUGGGGAACACCUCAGUGUUUGGAUCACCGCCUACAAUGAGGGAUGCUCCACCAACCGAGUGCUGGGGGAGGCUGCCGAGACGGUCCCCUGCUCCCCCACCAACGUGUCGGCUGUCGUGGGCUGUAGCCCGGACUCUGCUAGGGUCAACUGGACGGCGAGUGGAGGGGCCGUGUUCUACAUCGCCACCGCCAAACACGGAGACGGAUCCCAGCACAGCUGCACUUCAUACGGCACCAACUGCCUCAUUGACCGGCUCACCUGUGGGCAGGAUUACAAUGUCAGCCUCACUGCAACUAAUUUCAAGUGCAACAGCUCAAUCAGUACCGAGUUCGCCAUAACCACCGCACCGUGUCCUCCACAGUCCGUCCAGGCGACCAUAAACUGUGAGGCCAACACUGCUCUCAUUGACUGGCAGCACAGCAAGCCAACAGGCAACUUCAUGGCCUUGCUGGAGGACCAGAAAGGACAAGAGCACCGGCUCAACUGCACCAGCAACACGGUUAACAGAUGCCAGAUCUCUGCUCUGCCCUGUGGACGGAUGUACAACAUCACAGUUACCUAUGACGAUGAAAGGUGUCCCAUGACCUCCACGGCUAUCAGCAUGGCUUCUGUACUGUGCAGCCCCACCAACGUCACAGCCACACAGUCGUGUGGCCAGACGUCUGUCCCGGUCUCCUGGCUCGCCAGCCCCGGUGCUGUUAACUACACUGCCUUCGCCGUGAGCAGCACGGGCCAGAGGACAGAGUGCUCAGCCACAGGCACCUCCUGCGUCAUCCAGGGCUCCCUCCACUGCGGACAGGUGUAUACCAUCGCCGUUGUGGCUGUCAAUGACAACUGUACCAGCCAAGAGAGCCAGUCCAUUUCUUUGUACACAGCUCUGUGUUCACCAACCAACUUGAGUGGAGAGGUCACCUCUGGGUCCCACAUUCCAAUGGCGGUUCAGGUCACGUGGGAUAUGAGCCCAGUGUAUGGGGCCAUAUACACCUUAUGUUCUGAGCUGGUAGGGGUCCCUGGAUCCAAUUCCACGUACACUACCACUCACACCAAUUUCACCCUUGCUGGCCUGCAAUGUGGACAAAGGCACUCCAUACGUGUCAAAGCAGAGGACGGGAACUGUACUAGCGCGGAGAGCCCAGCCAUAGAAGUAGCCACAGCUUCCUGUAUGCCUGCCAACCUAACAGCCCGUGUGGACUGUGGGACGAGCAUGGGCAACUUCUCCUGGUCCGAGACCCAUGGGGUCGAUUUCUACACUGUGAAAGUGACGGGCGACGACGGUCACAUGGAGUCCUGCACCUCCACCCACACCUCCUGUGUUGUGAGACUCCACUGUGGUUGCUCGUACGCAGCUAGUCUGGUGGUGUCUGCCGAGGGAUCCAACAGUUCACAGCAUGCAGCCAUUAACUUGGACUCUGGUCCCUGUAUGCCCAUGGCAGUGGUGACCAAUUCGGAUUGUAACUCCAGUAUUGGUUUGGUUAGUUGGACCGCCAGCAAUAUAAAUCAGACAUACAUUGCUGUGGCAACAGGACUUGAUGGCCACAACCACGAGUGUAUCACAAAUACCAGCUCCUGCACCUGGGAUGACCUACACUGUGGUGAGGAGUACACUGUCCAAGUGAUGGCGAGGAAUGGAAACUGCACUAGUCUGCCAAGCAACAGCUCUGUCAUUCACAUGGCUCCAUGCCCACCACAGAGUAUCAGUGGCACCCUGGAUUGUGUUACAAAUUCAGCCUGGAUAUCCUGGAACUCAAGCCAAGGUGCAGUGAGCUACACAGUGAUGUCCCUUGUUGAUGGGGACCACAGAUUCAACUGUACCACCUCAACAAACUCCACUUGUGAGGUGCAGGACCUGGAGUGUGGUGCCAUGUAUAAUUUCAGUGUCAUCGCUUCAAACAGUUUUUGCGACAGUAUUCCCAGCACUCCCAUCGAACUGGAGACAGCCCCCUGUUCCCUCUCGGCCAUCACCGCAUCCGUUCAGUGCCACAACUCUUCCAUCCUUGUGGUCUGGGAGACCAUGGAGGGAGGCGAGGGAAACACUCAGUACAACGCCACGGCAGAGGCAAGCGACAGAACAUACUUGUACUGCAACUCCACCGACACUCACUGCACUCUGUGGGGAGCGCGCUGUGAUCUACGCUACACCAUCAUAGUGGCCGCAUCUUCCGACCAUUGCAGUGGUCUUCGGAGUCCGCCCUUCAGGAUAAGCAUGGAGCCCUGCCCACCAAGAGAGCUGGUGGUGAACACGUCCUGCGGGGACAGCGGUGCACUGGUGUCCUGGAGGCCCUCCCCAGUGGCCGAGGACUACCUUGUUACUGCCAGGGCUGCCGAUGGCCACAUGCCCACGUGCAACACCAGCUUUAGCAACUGCAGCCUGUCCGACCUCCACUGUGGCCAGCAGUAUAUGCUGUCUGUGACUGCUAGCCAUCAGAACUGCCCAAGCAGGGCCAGUCAAAAUGUCACCUUUAACACAGUGAUAUGCCAACCAGACGUUCUCUCAGUCAGCAUCCACUGUGUCAAUCAGUCGGCAGUGCUCUCUUGGACCCCCGUUGGUGAUGUGGUGGGAUACUCAGCCUCUGCUGAGAACGAGGCAGGCGACAUGCUGUUCUGUAACAGCAGCUCAGAGCCCACCUGCACCAUGGACGGCCUCCAGUGUGGAUCCCAGUAUAACUUCUCCGUCCAGGCCUCUGACGGGACCUGCAACCGCUCCAUCAGUGAGCCAGUGCUGGCCGGAGGAGUCCCAUGUCCUCCAGAAGAUCUUCAGGUGCAGCUGUUGCCCAUGGAAAGUGCAGUCCAGACACUGCAUUUUGAGUGGUCCCAGGUUGCAUGUCCAGAUGUCCAGUACCAGCUGAUCUUGACUGGCACCAUAUUAGGGGACAGCCAAGCACAGUUUGAGCUCUCUUCAUAUUGGACCAACUCAACCUUUUUUGAAAUGCCCCUCCCCUGCGGCUCAUCCUACCUGGCUACGGUGCAGGGCAGAGGACCCGCUGGCACCAGUGCGCCCUCUGAGGCUUUAAAUGGAACUACAGCUCCAUGUUCGCCUGCAAACGUGACUUUCACAGGCAGUACUGCCUCAGCCACCCUCUCAUGGUACGCCUCUGUGUUCGCCACCUACUACACGGUGUACGACAACCGGACGGCGCCCCCGAGCCAAUUGUGCAACGCCACUGGGCUCACCUGCAGCCUGACUGAAGUCCCUCAUGGCAGCGUUCUCAUCACUGCCAGCAACGCAGCGGGCGAGAGUGAUUCGGCCCCUGUCGAAAGAGUGAUAGGAGGAGGACGUAGGAGGAGGGACCUCAGGGACAACAACAAGGCAGCCCUCUCCGUCCCCAUAGUGUCGGUCAUCGUGGAAGGGUCGACGGUCCUGGUGGUCAAAUGGUCUCCAGUUAGGGGAGUGGACUUCUACAGCCUUGUCAUCAGCCAGCAGAACAACACUCAGACCCUACGUGUGGACGGGGAGAAAACCAUGCUGACUGACCUCAGCCCAGACUCCACCUACUGCCUGUCAGUGCGGGCAGAGAGCUCCAGCACUGUGGGGUCUUACUCAAAGCCCCAGUGUGUUCAAACAGCAUAGAACCACCGGCUGGGCAGAGGACCUCUGUUGUGGGAGCAAUUUCUCUCACUGAAGAUGUUGUUGGCUUUGCUGCUAAAUGUAUAGCAGAACAGUAAUCACUGUGAUUGUAUAGCUGUAGUUUAUAAAUCUGUGAAUCCCAGUCAAGAGAAUUUAAUCUAGGUGUACUUUUAACCUGCCAUAUAAUCAAUCACAUAAUUUCACAAACACUUUAUCCAGAGAAGCACAUUGACUACGGAGCGAGUAGCGGAUAGGCAUCUUGGCCAAAGAUGCCUACAGGUAGACUGCAGACAUUUGGGUUCAACCCAAACCUUUCGACUUGGGGUCUGUCAUUUUAACCACUACAAACCCACCCCCUUGUAUGGGUAUGUGUGUGGAUAGACUACAGAAAUUAAUAUAUAACCAUGGUAUAUUCCUAAAUGAUGUCUCACAUGUUGCAUUAUCCACUCAAACCUACUCCAUCCAGUACUUGAUGAUUUUAUAGGCCUACUACAGAAUCACUAAUGUAGCAAACAGGAAGUGAUGAACCUUUUCCUCCACGGGUCUGAGCUCCUCAACCAGUCAGUUUUUAAUCAUUUCUAUUAUAUAUUAAGGACUCUUGGGCAAGAGGAAAAUAAAUAUUCUAACUUUAUUUUGCUAAGUUAACCAUGUACAUUUUGUAAUAGAAUUGUAUCGGUGUUUCACAUUUUUAACAAUAUUUAAGAUAUGGACAUUUUCUCAGAAGUAUAUUAAAAAAGCAAAACAAAAACGCUGCGUGUGUUUCUAUAUUCAAUUGUACAUUUUAUAAAGUCAAAGCAGACAUAUUCAGUAAAAGUAUUUUAUUAGAAAACAAAA